GCGAGCACCGGCCGCGCCUCUUUAAAAGGCGUCUCGCGGUCGGCGGUCAGUCCCGGUGACGUCAGAGGGCCAAGACGGCGUGGUACUGGAUCGUCAUCGCAGAGAACGACGCGGAUCAAAGACACGAGAGUCACUCACGCGGUGGGCCAGACCUCGACCCGCACCCCGGGAGACAGAGUUCUGAACACGAGUCCACUUUGUUGGUCAACAGCGAGGAUCUCGACAUCAUGGUGCAGCUGUCUCCCUCCCCGACCCGGCUCGUCGGCUCCGCGGCCGGGUGUCCCGUAGUGGGGGACCCCCCGGAGACCUACAGCCCGAAGACGGGCUCUCCCGGUAGCCUUAGCCCCCUCCACCUCCACCUGGAGGUGUCCACCGCCUACCAGGGCUACGACAACUACAUAGAGGACGGGCUUAUCUGCCUCAAACACAAGAUCCGCAAUAUGGACAAGAGAAAGCUGAAACUAGAACACUACAUGAAGUGGGUGGAGAACGGAGGCACUCUGAACAAGGACCAGAUGGAUGCAGUGGGGCAGUACCAGGAGCUGAUUCACAACCUGGCGUUUGCUCAGGAGAUGCACUGCAGUCUGGACGUCCUGACCCAGAGCCUCCUCCGGGCCCAGAAGAAGGCUGCCGAGAAGGAGCAGCAGGAGAGGGUGGAGGAGGAGAGGAGGCGGCUGAGCACGGUGCUCCGCUUCCAGCACCUCCUGGCCAGCCUCCAGCAGGAGCAGACCCAGGGAGACCUGCUGGAGGGGCGCGGGCAGGCCCCCCGGGUCUCCCCCCAGCGGCUGGACAGCCUCACCCAGCUCUCUGGCCUCCUGGGGCUGGGCCAGAGAGAUUCCCUGCUGAGCGUGGCCAAACAGAUGGAGAAGGCUGCGCUGCUGUACUUUGACCUGCUGGAGGCAAAGCACACGCCAGUGGCCGGUUCUACCUUUAAAGACCUGAAGGAGCAGCUCACCUCGUUCCUGGACUGCGAGUACUUCAAGGUUCUGCGUCCGCUUCCGCCGCCCAGCAGGGCUCCAGUCGUUAUUCCCAGCCCUCCCAUCCACACCAUCAUAUCGCAGCCAAAAACAAAGGAAACGCCUAAAAGCAAGCCGGUCAGCAGGCCGCGGAUCACCGUCACACAGACCGCUCCCCCCCCCCCGCCGCACCCCAACCUGAAGGCGGAGUUCCUGGCCAUGAAGGAGCGUGAGCCCCCGGACUCCUGGGACGUGGAGUUCCUGUCGGACCGACCCUUGACCCCCAAGCCCUCAAAAGGCGCGGCCACCUUCAUCCCCAGAGGAGCGGAGCCCAAACCCCUGCCCAUCAGACCCAAACGGAAGAAAGGGAAGAAAGCCAAAGGAUCCCAGAGUGUCAAACUGGCUGCCAUCGUGGUCGCCCCCUUAGAGGUGUUCAACUCUCAGGCGGUCCUGCCCAACGACCCGGUUCUCAGGAAACAACAAUUGGAAGUCCUGUUGCACAAAAUCCACGGCUCCUUCAGUUUCAUGCAGGAGUCUCAUCUGGAUCCCGAGGGGUUCCCCAUCGAUGGACACGCUCGCCUGGGCUGCAGAGCGUCUGGUUCUCCCCCUCUUCUUGGUAGCUCACACACGCUUGGAUGUCCGUCGGAUUCAGUUUCCCAUUUGUCGCACUCUUUGACACCGUUUUCCGCUACAGAAGCGAAGCAGGAGCUGAUUAAAAGCCCGAUGGAGCUGAUUAAAAGCCCGAUGGAGCUGAUUAAAAGCCCGAUGGAGCUGAUUAAAAGCCCGAUGGAGCUGAUUAAAAGCCCGAUGGAGCUGAUUAAAAGCCCGAUGGAGCUGAUUAAAAGCCCGAUGGAGCUGAUUAAAAGCCCGAUAGAGGUGAUUAAAAGCCCGAUAGAGGUUCUUCCAGAAAUGAUGCAGUCCACUCCCCUGCCUGCCAGACGCUUGGAGGGCAGAGCCAGUUUGACCAAUGGAGAGCAGGCUCUGAACUUAUGUGACCUAAGUUUCCCAGCAAGAGAUGUUUCUAACGAGUCUCUGCAGCUGGACGUCCAGACCCUGGUCUCUCCUCCGCUGGUCUCUCCAACCCUGGUCUCUCCUCCACUGUACCGGCGCGACUCGGUCAACUCCGUCUCCCCCGAGAACCGCAGUCUCCCACGGACGCCGGUGAUGGACUCGGGGAAACAGUCCCCCUGUAACGGGGUGUCCUCCCCCUCCGUGACCCCCCAGGGUCACUCGUUCUCCACGCCACCUGCCCGCCGUGCCCUGAUCGCUGACCAGUUCCAGUCGGUUUUCAAGUUAACCGGAUCUGAGUCUCCGACCGGGGAAUUGGGCUACGAAACGGAGACCAGCUACAACACGGCCAGCACCCAGACACCCCCAGAGUUCGCCCCCUCCGACGACGAGCCCCAGUCCGCGUACCAGUCGGACUGCCCGGUGGACGGCGGCGGUCAGGUAUUUCUGUCCCCCAGCCAGCCCAGCGCCGGGCGGGCGUACCACGGCAGAGGCUACGCACGAGGUACGCCGCGGGGCAGCAAGGGCCCCACUUACUCCUCUCGCUCUCCCUGGUGGCUGCGAGGACCGGCCUUCGUUCAGGGGGUUCCCCACAGAGAUCCCGGACCCCUGCUGUAUGGAGCCAGGGAGUCUGUUUUCCAGCACGGCUACAGGCGAGGAGGGGCGGCCAGACACAACUCCAGCGGUUGGAGCGACUCCUCGCAGGUGAGCAGCCCCGACCGCGACGGGGUGUACCCCCUGUUGGAUUCGGGGCACGGCGACUCCCUGUCCGUCUCCACCCUGGAGGUUCCGGUCACGCCCCAUCACCACCACCACCACCACCACCACCCCCAGCAGCAGCAGCACCAUCCCCACACCCACCCCCAGCACCAGCCGACCCUGCUGCCCGUGCCCAUGUACCCGUUGACCCAGCCGAUCCGCGUGGCCUUCACCGCCUCCCGCACGGCCAACUUCGCCCCGGGCAACCUGGACCAGACCGUGGUGUUCGACCAGCUGCACACCAACGUGGGCGAGACGUACGACGCCCGCGUGGGCCGCUUCACCUGCCCGGUGGCGGGCGCCUACGUCUUCCUCUUCCACAUCCUCAAGCUGGCCAUCAACGUGCCGCUCUACGUCAACCUCAUGUGCAACGACGAGGUGAUGGUGUCGGCGUACGCCAACGACGGCGCGCCGGACCACGAGACGGCCAGCAACCACGCCAUCCUGCCGCUGUACCCCGGGGACCAGGUGUGGCUGCGGCUGCACCGCGGGGCCAUCUACGGAAGCACCUGGAAGUACAGCACCUUCUCAGGGUUCCUGCUCUACCAGGACUGAGGACCCCUAGCGGUCCACCAGGACCUGGCACCUCCUCAGCCUCCUGCUCCACCAGGGCAUGGAAGAACCACACCCUCUCAAGCUUCCUGCCGUACCUGGAUGAACGGCACCUUAAGCUACCCUGCCGUACCUGGAAGAACGGGACCUUCUCAGGCUUCCUGCCGUACCAGGGCAAGGAGGUACUGCACCUUCUCGGGCUUCCGGCUCCACCAGGACUGAGGCUCUAUGUGGGAAACGCACACACAAACAAUUCUGUGCUAAGAUGUCGCUAUGCUUUGGCAUAGUUUGCGCUUCUUGAUCCAGCGCUGUGGAGGUGUCCAUUGGCAGAAAAAACAGGACUUGACCGCUCACUCCGGGCCUUCAUGAGUUGAUGGUGUUUACGGCCGUGUGUCCCUGUCCAAUGGUGCCAGGGUUCCUCCAUAACACGGGCCUGAUGGCUCCAGGUGUUGGUGCUCUCGUGUCACUACCUGGUCAGACCAUGAGUGGGUGACACCACUGAGACCUCUGCUGUAACUUUACAACUGUGCCUUUCCCCCCCAAAUGGCUCGCUGAUGACUGAUUGGCUCACUGACGAGCUUGGCUUGCUGAUGACUGAAUUAUGGCUUUAUUUAUGGAACUUGAGUGAAACAGACUUUUGAAACAAGCGCUUAGCUGUGAUGCUAAACUUAGACAUGUCUGUUAAGUGUCCUGCGUGUGUGUGUGUGUGAGCGAUGGCACAUGAGAACGGUGGGGGUGGGUCCUUGGUGAUGGGUGUUGGUGUUUGAACACAUAAUUGCGCCAAAGAGGGCUACAGCAAUGCAUUGUGGUCCGUUGACGUGCCUGAAUAAUAAAGAUAUAAAAAUACA